UUUUUUUUUUUUUUUUUUUUGAGAUAGUAAUCAGGAGAUUUCUGCAGCCUUGAGGAAAAGUCACUGUGCUGUUAUCACUGACACAGGAGUUAUCUGGGACUGAGUAGCUUAGACCAGCACAAAUUCAUAGCUUCUGAAGGUCACUGAGCUCAAAUCAAGGUUCAGGCAAAGAGCUAUUUCCUGCUAGAGCCUCCUGAAGAUCCUCUCCAGGCUUUUUUGGCUUGCCCCUCACCCCUACUCCUCUGCCUCCAAAACCAACACUGAUCAACCCAGUCUCCCCUCACCCCUGAGGAGGGAGUAGAACCUCUAGGGUACAUUCUCAAUUACCCCCCACCCAAUUUUUUUUUUUUAAUGUUUUUAUUUUGAAGCACCAGUUCACGACUGGCCCAGACAGGCCCUGAAUUUGUAAUCUUCUUGCUUCAGCCUCUGUGGCAGCUCAGGUUACAGAUCUGGGCUACCAAGCUUGGCUCUAGCUAGCCUUUCUUAGCGUCACUUUAGCCUGUCUCUCCUGUUUGCCUCUUUUGCUUAUGAAGAACUGAGCCACCUGCCAAGGCCAUCUUGCCACUAACCCUGGGUUACUGCACUAACCAUGCUGCCCCUGGUGACCCCUACUUUCAGGAUGACUGGGUGAGUACUAGCAUGGGCAGCACUGAGAAGGAUUAACCCCAGCGCUGGGGGAGACAGGCUCAAAGACAACCAAAGGGCUGGAUGUGACACAGUAGGAGAGUGCUGGUUUAGGACGCCCUGGUUUCAGCCCUCAACACGACAAACAAAACCAAACACCCAGUUUGAUCCUUUGCCUUGCGGCAAACGAAAGGUUGAUUUCCUUUUGGCUGCACAGAGCUGAGUUUAGUUCCUCUUCCCAAGCAGCCUGUCCCUUCAUAUUUACACCCGGUACCGAAAGCGCUGUCCAGAGAGUUCGUGUACCAUCUUUGCUACUCCCUUCUUUCAGAGGGCCUGUCAUUAGCCUUCAGGGCUCUCUACUCCUCUUGUCCCCAUGCCUACAUCUGAUCCUAAGGGGUGUUCCUCUCUCCCGUUAAUCCAUUCUCCAAAAUGCUGCUGGAGAUAAGCUAUCCUUUCAAAAAUCCAAAUACGACCGACAUUGCUAGGGCUGCCGAGGAGAGCAGUUCUCCUUCGUGUUUUGGAUCUUCGCCCAGCAGGCCAAGGCAGCUGGACUCUGUCCCAGCCCACUCUUCCAGCUGGUUCUCAGACUUCCUCGUCUCCUCCUCUUCAGUCCAGCUAGUGAAAUGCUCGUAGUUACUCAGAUGCUCAAAGCUCUCCUUCAGGCUCCUACGGUUUAGGAGACCUGCAGAUGCCUAAGGCCACUGUCUCAAGAUUUGGGGGGCACUUGUGGAAUUGCAUCUUUGUUCUUCACUCAACUUCCAUCCUGUGGUUCCAGGGUGCAGUUACGCUGUACUUGAGCCAUCCAGGCACGGUGGCUACAGGCCGUACAGUUUUGUGGGUCCUUGAUUGACUUUGUGCAUCUAGUGCAAACUAAGACAUUACACACGGGACGCUAAUGUUUGUUUAUGAAUGAAGAUAUCUUCCACAGGGGUCCAGAUGUCUCUUAAUGUUUCUGUGUAUCAGGGAUGACCCUGCCCCAGGCUAUGUUCCAAAACCCGUUGGUUCAGAUCUGGAUCUCUAGAGUUCAGCCAAAGACCAUCUAGCCCCUGGGAAACAGAGGGUGUGGUAACCUGACCGGUAGCUCUUACCACCCAGUUUGCUUUCUCAUUCUUGGCAAGAGGUAGUCCUGCAUUGCUGACCUUACUCUUUUGCCCACCUGCCCUAAUGUGGGGCAAAGAUCAUUCAGGAACCACUGCAAGGGAGUUGGCCACUUGAAGCAUAGACUACUUUGACAGAAAAAGAUAGAGGGUAACAAACUUGGCAUGGUAAUAACAGUUAGCUAAACCAGUGCUAACCCAAGGCAUGCAUUAAUUACUACUCCCUGCCAUUAUGAGCCACAACAGGCCCUGAAAACCUCCUGCCCUAAGACUGCCUCAGAGCUCUGGGGAAGCGCGCACUGUGGGGAGUUAGAGUGAUUGGAGACUAGAGCCCCUGUGCUUGGGAGGUUUACACAAUCUAGACCUAAAAUACAGAGCUUGGCUCUUGAGGCUUUGGGCUACCCUUGAGGGAGGAGGUGGUACUGGGAAAUGUUUUAUACUACGUUUUAAUCAUUCAUGUAUUACCAUAGGGAUCCGUGAAAGUAGGAGACUGGGCGGUUGGAGCCUAUGGGCUGGAGGAGAACACAAGCAUUAUGUAGCAGAGAGCUAUUUUUUCCUCUAAGUUCCUUUUCACUUCUAUAGGCUGGGAAAUCCCCUUGGUACUGGGCCCAUGAUACUCUCUCCACCAUGUUUUAUAUGUUUGCAACAGUAUGGCCCCAGUAAAGUCUUUUAUAACACUGUGGAAUGUAGGAAUGAGAGCAAAGUGUCAUAGGUUAUGUUUGUUUGGUGUUAAGGCGUUUGUGCGUGUCUGGGGAGUGAGUGUAUGUGUGUUCAUGGAUAUUUUCGGGUGUCUACGCAUGCACGCAGAGACCAGAGAGCAAUUUUGAUUGUUAUUCACUAGAAACCCUCCACAUUAUUAUUAUUACCACUAUUAUUAUUGUUAUUAUUACAGUUAUCUUCUUUUUUUUUUUUUUUUCUGAGACAGGGUCUCUAUGUGUAGCCCUGUCUGUCCUGGAACUCACUCUGAAGUACCAGCUGCUUGGCUGGCCUAGAACUCAGAGAUCUGCCUGCCUCUGCCUCCCAUGUGCCCACCAACUCUUUUUUUUUUUUCCUCUUCUUUUCUUUGAGUCAGAGUCUCUUCACUGAGUCCUGGAGCUUAGCUUACUGAUUAGGGUAGGAUGGCUCAGUGAGCUCCAGGAAUCCUCCUAUGUCCAUCUCCCUGGAGAGAGGAUUAUAAGCCAUACUUCCAUGCCUGUAUUUUCUCAUGGUCCUGGAGUCUGAAUGCUGGUUGGCAUUUUUGUGUGGCAAACACUUUAUAGACCAAGCUGUCUCCUCAGCCCAGGAUGCUGUUUUUUUGUUUUUUUGUUUUUUUAAUUAAAAUAUUGUUUACAAGCCAAAGUGAAACGAGAGUGAAAUAUAAUACAUUUAAUCUCUUACUAAUAACUUUAAACUAGUUUGAUAAGCAAAAAUCAGGUUAUUUUUAUUAGCAGGUGCUGACAUUCUGCCUUAGUUGUUUUGAGAAAUGAAAGUCAUUCCAAAAUCUAUGUUAAACAUAAUAUAGGGCUUUGCUAACCAGCUGGUUAACGUGAAGCAUUUUUGCGACACACUGAAGCCUGUUUAUAGCACCAAAGACUGUUCAAAGUGUUAGCUACCUUAUAAAAUAAAGUUAUUUUUUUAAAAAAUUAUUUUUAAAAACCUCUGGCUUUUCUAUAUAUGUUUUUCCAGUCAAGCCAUAUGGUGAUGUACGUACUAGUAAUGAUUACUAAGCAGUCACAAAUAAUACCUGAAGGCUGAACAAUGUACUUCCUUUGUACAAAAUAGUGAAGUCAAGUCCACUAAAUUUUAGCACACUUGAAACUGUAUAGUAUCACAGCAUGCUACAGAAAAUAUGCAUAUUAUUAUCCCAUGACAGGUAGGACAACAGAUUUCCAAGUAUUUUCAAAUAGACAGUGGAUCCUCUGAGACUCUCAGCUUCUCUGAGACUGGCUUUAUGGUCACAUACGUUUUAUACGUUUUAUAAGAAACAGGUUUAGCUAAGGCAAAGGGCUUGGCUUGUCCCCAAACCCAAAGCCAGCAUUGAAUAGAAUCAAGGUCUAACCCCAGUUUGACCAUACUACUCUGGUGUGUACUUACAAUCUUCUCCUGAUUGGCUUCCCAUUAAAGACCCAAUGGAGGUACCAGAGGAAGAACACUUUCUUAAGGAACAUUAAGAACAAGUUUCUUACGUGUGAAGAACUGGUGGGGUGUGAGGAAGCUACAGAUUGUAAGUGAAGUCCCAGCCACCUGGCAAUGAAACACAGUCUUCAGGAGGGUCACUAUCUGGAGAGAGGGGAGAAGGUUCAGAGAAGCAGACCAAGGAAAGAACAGAGAAGAGUCCCCUCUAUACUACUGCUGUCAAAGAGUAGUAAUGCAAGUGAUGAGUGGCUGUCAAGGAUCCUUUUAGGGCCAGACAGGUGGCUCAAGCAAGUAAAGGCACUAAUCACCCAGAACCCACAUGGUAGAAGGAAAGAACUCCUGCGAGUUGUCCUCUGACACCACACGAAGGCCACAGCAUGAUGUAGUCACAUACAUAGGUAACACAAAUAAAUAUGUAAAAAACAUUUUUUUUAAAAAAAGUAAUUUUGAUGUGACAGGAAAACAUGAAUGUACACAUUCACUGAAAAGCUGCUAUACUGCCAUAGACUGUUGGAUGUCUAAUGAGUACCAUGACUAUGAGGCCAUUGUCACAUAGCACUGUCUUCAGCUCUGGGAAUGGGGUGACUGGUAACAUGUGCAGGGAAAAGACAUUAACCACAUGAUGUAAUACAAGAUAUUUUAUAUAAAAGCUCAGAGUAGUUAUAUAUCAUGUGCUAUGUAUAUAUAAAAACAUAUAUAUGUAAAACUACAUUUCUUCUUUUUCUCCUCCUCCUCCUUCUCCUCCUCCUACUCUUCUUCCUGCUUCCUCUUUUUCUUCUCUUCUUCCUCUCUCCCUUUUCUCCUUAUUGGGGCUGCUUUUUUAUUUAUUUAUUUAUUUAUUUAUUUAUUUAUUUAUUUAUUUAUUUAUUUAUUUUUGGUGUUUCUUAGCUGAUUUUGAAUUAAGGUUCAAGUGGUCCUUGUGAUUCAGUCUCUCCAGAAGCUGAGAACUACUACAGGAAGCCUGUUCAUAAGGCCUCAUUUCUCCUAAUUAAAAAACCUAACUUGUGGCUGAAGCGGAUGGCUCGGCAGUUAAGAACACCUGCUGCUCUUGCAAAGGAACUGGGUUUGAUUCCUAGCACACCCAGGUGACAUUUAAUCAUAACUACAGUUCCAAGGGAUUUAAUACCUUCUUUUGAUCUUCGAUCUCCCCAGGCACACGUGGGGAACUUACAUGCAGGCAAAACAUUUACACACUUACACACACACACACACACACACACACACACACACACACACACACACACCCUCCAUUCCCUUAUCUUUUGAAAGAAUGUCUAAAAUCACUACAUAAAUGACUCACCGCAAAUACAAAAGGGAAAAACUGUGACAAUGCAUUUCUGCAGUUUGUACAAACACACUUGCACAUAGACAAUGCUACCAGCACCCUCCAAAUGGGAGGGUCAGAGCCUGCUAGUCCAAGCACCAUAUACACGAAGGUGGUUAGAAUUCCAUUUAGAAAAACCACAAGAUUUUAAAGCAGCUAUUGCUCUGCAGAUUUAAUCCAAACAUUCUGGGCAAUGACGCUAAAGUCCAAAAAGGUAAAGUAAUUUAGGUCUGCAUAAUUUGGUUUGGUGUUGGGCCUGAAGGCUGGGUCUCAGGCAGAAGUCUCUGCACCUGAGUUUUUGCUCUACCCUUGAAGGUCAAGCGGGAUUAUCAUUCAUUCUUCCAAUUUUGUGCUCUUCUUUUCCCCCAGGAUAAUUCUAAGUUGGCUUCAGCUUUCCUGUGCUCUGGUAUUGUUUUUUGUUUGCUUUAAAUCGUCUUCAUUGCUGAGAUUGUGGGGUUUUUUUGUUUGUUUGUUUGCUUGCCUAACCAGUGUAAACAAUACCAACGAAGGUCAUAUCUACCCACCCAAAAGCUCCAGUCACAGGGAACAGCCACGAACGCUCCAGCCAGGAAAAGGUGCACUUGCUUUUCUCUAGCGUCCACAGGCCACGUGCGGGAGGAGGGGCCGCCUUCUGAUUGGUGGCCGGAGUCUCGCCUAGGGGGCGGAGCCACCUGUCUGUCCAUCACCACAUACUGGGCGGGGCCUGGGCGGGCAGGCCUGGUUGUAGGGCAGAGUCAGGACAGCGGGACCCAAUCUCUGCGCUUUGCCUCUACUCGGCCACCGCUCCUCCAGUGCCGACCGCGAGGCGACGGUUGCCGGGGCACGCGCCGCCCGUUCCUCUUUCCCGUUGCGAGCGGCUGGCGCGCAGGGAGGCGGCCCCCAAUCCGGCCGGGCGCCUCCCACUUUCCGAGCCGCCGGGGAGCCGGAGGAUGGCGGCGGUGGCAGCGGCCGCCCGGGAGGAGGCGGUGCGGAGGCCGCGGAGCGCGGUAGCAAGCGGUAGCGGCCCGUCGCGGCGGCCCGGCAGCGACCGCGUCCGUACGGCUACCUGAGCACCAGCCGCGAGCUGUGUCCUGCCUCGCUCGCUCGUUCGCUCGCUCGCGGCCCGGGGCGGCGCGGACAUGGGCGCCAAGCAGAGCGGCCCCGCCGCCAACGGCCGCACCCGCGCCUACUCGGGCUCGGACCUGCCCUCCGGGACCAGCGGCGGCGGCGGGGCGGACGGCGCUCGGGCGGCUCGGUUCGCGGCCCCUGUCCCCGGCGCGCAGCAGCCCAGCGCCUCGGCCAGCACGGCGGCGGCUGCUGCUGCUGCGGCGGCGGCAGCGGCAGCAGCGGCGGCCUCGGCCCCGGCAGCGCCCCGUAGCCGCUCGCUCGGUGGGGCGGUGGGCAGCGCGGCGAGCGGCCGCGCGGCACAGUCGGCCUUCAGCAUUCCCAGCAGUGGCGGCGGCAGCGGUGGCCCGUACGGCUCACAGGACUCGGUGCACAGCAGCCCAGAGGACGGUGUCGGCUCUAGGGACCGGGACCGGCCAGCGGGCGGGGGCCCUGGCGGGCCGCGUCUGGUGAUCGGCUCGCUCCCGGCCCACCUCUCCCCGCACUUGUUUGGAGGAUUUAAGUGCCCGGUAUGCUCAAAAUUUGUACCCUCAGAUGAAAUGGAUUUGCAUCUUGUGAUGUGUUUAACAAAGCCAAGAAUAACGUAUAAUGAGGAUGUGCUGAGUAAAGAUGCGGGGGAAUGUGCAAUAUGCCUUGAAGAAUUGCAGCAGGGAGACACCAUAGCACGACUGCCUUGCCUGUGUAUAUAUCAUAAAGGCUGCAUAGAUGAAUGGUUUGAAGUAAAUAGAUCUUGUCCAGAGCACCCUUCGGAUUAAGCACACCAGAUUCCUGUGUUAUGGGUAAUUUAAAGAAGGUAUCAGGGCAGUGGAGCCCUGCGCUGCAGCCAGAAGCAGAGGGCCACACUGUGACUGCAACUGGAGGGCAGCAGUGUUGUUCUGAGGUCCUGUCGCUGCCUUCCUCACACUUCCUCAAUUUGAUCAUUUCUUGCUCUUUAGGCUAGGAAGGUGCUACUGGCUGGUUUUAUGUCAAUUUGACACAGCUGGGGUCAACAGACGGGAACUUUAAUUGAAAAAAUGCCUUCAGAAGGUCAAGCUGUAUAUACUAAGCCUAUAGGGCAUUUUCUUAGUUAGUGAUUGAUCUAAGAGGGUCCAGCUCACUGUGAUGAGGCCAUCCUUAUUCUGGUGCUCCUGGUUUCAUAAGAAAGCAGGCUGAGCAAGCCAGUAAGUCGUACUCCUCUAUGGUCUCUGCAUCAGUUCCUGCCCUGACUUCUUUUGAUGAUGAACAGUGAUAUGGAAGUACAAGUCAAAUAAAUAAACUAUUUUUUCCCCAAA